AUGUUGACGGUAGCAUAUAUCCCUGAGCAUUUCCUGACGCCUUUGUUUUUCGCUCAAGACAAUGGCUACUACACCCAAGCUGGAAUUGAAGUGAAGUUUGUGCCUGUAAUUGAGGGUAGCGGAAGACUCAUUAAGCUUUUAAACGAGGGAGAAGUGGAUGUGGCAAUUGGACUCACAGAGGCAUUUGUCAGCGAUAUUGGCAAGGGCAACGACAAAAUCAACGUUAUUGGAACUUAUGUUGAAAGUCCCCUUUGCUGGGCAAUCUCCUCGGGUGUAAACAGAGACGAUGUCACGAAACCAGAAGACCUAGCAGGAAAGCGGAUUGGUGUAUCCCGAAUCGGCCUGGGCUCUUAUGUGAUGUCCUUUGUUCUUGGUCUUCAACUCAAAUUCCCUACUCCGUACUUCAGCGACUUUCCUGUUUUGUCAAAUUUCAAGAACUUGAGAGACGCAGUCAAUGAAAAGUUCUCUGAGGAUGGUGAGCCAAAGCACGCCGAGGCAUUCAUGUGGGAGCACUUCACCUCAAAGAAAUACUACGACUCUGGCGAGAUCAAGAGAAUUGGUGAAAUCUACACACCUUGGCCCUCCUGGGUGGUGACUGUGAGAAAAGAGACAGACUCCGAGGAGGUGAAAAAGUUCCUUGGAGCUGUCAGAAAGGGAAUUGAUUUCUUCUUGCAGAAUCCCGAAGAAGCUGUCAAGCAUAUCUCCACAAACCUCGAUUACUCUGCAGAAGAUGCUCGCGAGUGGUUGAAGACUGUGAAGUUCAACGAGCAGUUGGGUGAGAAGGAGAUUGACUGGGAAAGAGUGGUACUGAACACAUCCAAGGUGCUCAAGACUGCCGGUGUUCUUGAAGAUAAGCCCGAAGUUGAUGAGAAUUUGAAGAGCCAGAUCUACUCCCUUUUGGUCUAG